AUGGAGCCUUCGACAAAAUCGAUUGAAGUCCCCGAACUGUUCAGCAUCAAAGGCCUCGUUGCCGUAAUAUCUGGAGGAGGCUCUGGUAUUGGGCGGAUGAUUACUCGUGCCCUCGCUGUGAACGGUGCGGAGAAAGUCUACAUUCUUGGUCGACGUGGUGCCGUUUUGCAAGAAACAGCGAAGCCCUUUCCUGGCGUGGUAAUCCCUAUCGAGUGCGAUGUUACUUCCAAGGAGUCAUUGCAAGCGGCUGCUGAUAAGGUUACCAAAGAGGUUGGAUAUAUCAACCUCCUCUGGUGCAACUCGGGGACAUCAGGUCCCGAGAGCCCCGAGCUGAGCAGCUCAGUGUCUCUGGACCAAUUUAUCGAGGCAAACUGGAAACACUCUGUUGAAGAUUAUGCGGAGACAUUUAGGGUCAACACUGCGGGGUUCUGGUAUACAGCCAUUGCAUUUCUGAAGCUCCUCCAUCUCGGCAACGAAACGGGCAACAAGGCGCACAGAAGCCAAAUCAUCGGGACCUGCAGUACCUUGGGCUUUGGAAGAUUCGCGGCUACCGGUCGCUUUGCAUACGGCCAAAGUAAAGCCUCCCAGACCCAUAUGAUGAAACAAUUGUCGACGCACCUAGUGCCGUAUGGGAUCCGGGUGAAUAUGGUCGCUCCAGGAUUAUUCCCUACCGACAUGACGGCGUCUAUGACCUCAACCGGCUAUGAUGCAUCGAAGCUAAUUCCAGAGGGCAGAGCUGGCUCAGAUGUGGAUAUGGCGGGUGUUGUCCUCUUCCUGACGAGCAAGGCCGGUGCUUAUCUGAAUGGCAAUUGCAACCUUAUCUCAACCACACUUCUUGACCAAACGGCCACGCAGCAUCUGCGGAUCUUUUCUGCUUUCUUCCUUUCUCCUCAUCCAUCUCUGAACAACCUCGGAAAUUGA